ACAACGGGAAGGGUGCACGAUAUCCACUCUCAUUCUGUUACUCGCCAGUAUAGCCAUGUUACCUUUUUAGUGUAAGCAGUCAACCGUGAAGAUGUAGUGAAUACGUAUACAUGGUCAUAAACUGACUGUAGGCUAUUUUAGCACGUGCAUAUCACUAUCCGACUUACUAUACAACACCAUGGAUGGAAUUAAGCGAGAUUUAUCGGUCCAAUUCUAUCAUAAAUCUUUUCAAGGGCUGACUCACGAAAAUGUUGUCGAUGAACUUAAAAAAAUGAAUAUUGUAGAUGAAAUCAAUGCCAUUCAAAUAACAGAAAAAAACUGUGUAGUUUCAUGUAAAAACAUCGAAGCGAAAAAUAAACUUCUGAUCAAUAAUAUUGAAUUGAAUGGAAGAACUGUGAAAUUAUUUGACGUUGAAAAAACGAUUACAAAUGUAACAGUAAAAGACGCGCCGUUUGAAUUGAAAGACGAAGUCAUCAUUGCGUACAUGGCUAAAUUUGGUCAAGUGAUCCCUGGAAGUAUACGUAGAGGGAAAAUACAGGGCACCGACAUAGAGAACGGAACUCGGUACUUGAGUGUCGUAGGUUGUGUACCAACGAUCCCAAUUCGAAACUCUAUUGGGCGAUUUGACAUACGCAUUUUUGCGGAUAACAAUAGAACAGAAUGUAUACACUGCGGCCAAAAGAGCCAUCCGUCCUACAGAUGUCCAAACAAACCAGUGCGAACAAAGGAAUGCUUUAUCUGUAAAAAUAGCAAUCAUAUAGCACGCGAUUGUCCACAGAAAGAGGAAAAGCUUUGUUAUAUUUGUAAAAAGAAUGACCAUGUGCAAAGAAACUGUCCAACUCGUCUGUAUGGCGAGUAUGCAAAUGACGUAUUGGAAGGUACAAACAUAUCGGAUGUAGAAAGUGAUCUUGAAUCAGUCCAUGAGGUACUUAACACCAAUGUUGAAGACACAUCAACUCUCGUUAAACCUCCCGAUGUUUCUGUUAUCCUUGGAGCAUCCAACGUCAAGCGAAUAAGCAUCCCAGAUAAAAAUGUCAUUGACGCUUCUAUCUCCGGUGCAUCUUUGGAUAAGGUUGACUCCGUUAUUUCUAGGGCUUUGUCACUUAUUCCAGAACACGCCGAAGUAAAAAAUGUUACACUAUGUCUCGGCACCAACGACAUCACCAGGAACAUUGAUGAUCCAGAACAGGUUACAUGUAACCUAUCCACUGCAAUUAACAAAGUGCAGGAAUCAUUUCCUGAAACGGCGAUUGGAGUAUGUGGUAUCAUUCCACGUAAAGGCAAGAGUGAAAAGAUUAAGAUCAUAAACGAAACUGCGCAAAGUGUAAAUAAAUUUGCAAAGAAAAUGUGUGAAAGAUUUGGCUCUCUUACGUAUGUGGACACUCCGAUCGCAUUUCAGCGUCAAGGUCAAACAGUUAGAGAAUUGUUUGACCCUAAUGACUCUUCUGGGGUUCAUGUCAAUGAGUCGGGUGCCACUGAGAUGUGGUCAGUCAUGGAGAACUUUAUCCGCAAUGCCACCUUUACUCAAGAUCCUGGUGUUGCUUUCACCCCGACAUCUUACCGGAAGAGAACCAAUAGUGACAGAUCAGCAACCCCUCGGUCAGCAGAACGUCAAGCCAACAAGAUGAGCAAGUUUUGACGGAAUUCUUAAGACAUAUUUAGGAUUAACUGAUCAUAUCUUAAUUUUGUAUUAAUGCCAUCCAUUUCUAUCGUAUCAAUCAAUAUAAAUGGUCUUAGAGAUAAAACAAAACGUCAGGAAUUCUUUCUAUGGCUAAUAAAAAGGAAAUUUGAAAUAAUAGCCGUACAAGAGACGCAUUGUACGAAUACAGACGAAAAUAAAUGGAGUAAGGAAUGGAAA